CUCGUGGGCAGCGGCUCCGCCCCGUGGGGGUAGGGCGGGCAGGCAGGCGCGCCUGCGGCCAGUUCUACUCGGGCGGCAGCCGGAGAGAGGGAGCCGCGCCCGAGCUGGGAGAAGCGGAGCUGCAGCAGUGGGAAGAUUGGGAGUUAGAAAUCUUUGUCAAACUACUGUAAAUCAUCCAGAGAUCUACCUCCUUCCUUGAUGAGGCUCCCAUCUGCCAGCACAUGUGUCCAACCUAACUGAGGGAAACUGGGGCUUCCCACAUCUUCUCUGAACCAUCCGGUGGUGGCCACUCUAAGUGGUGGAUGAGCCAUGGUGGCCCAAGGAAGCGUGCAGAGUCCUGGCCCACAACAUGACGGAGGGCUUUGACUGCGCCAGCUGCAAGGAGUCCCUCUUUGGGCUCAAAUACAUCCAGGUGGACAAAGGGCCCUUCUGCAUCCCCUGCUAUGACACCCAUUUUGCCAACACCUGUGCCGAAUGCAAGGAGCCUAUCGGGCAUGACUGCCGGGAGCUCUACUACGAGGACCGGCACUACCACGAGAGCUGCUUCCGCUGCUUCCGCUGCGACCGCUCCUUGGCCGACGAGCCCUUCACCUGCCAGGGCCAGGAGCUGCUCUGCAAUGACUGCUACUGCCGGGAGUUCUCCUCCCAGUGCGUCGCCUGCCAGCAGGUGGUCAUGCCAGGCUCCCGGAAGCUGGAGUACAACGGGGAGACGUGGCACGAGCACUGUUUCCUCUGCAGCAGCUGCCAGCAGCCCAUCGGGGCCUGCUCCUUCAUCCCCGACCAGAAGGAGUAUUACUGCGUCCCUUGCUAUGAGAGCAAGUUUGCCCCCCGCUGCACCCACUGCAAGAAGUCACUGACGAAGGGGGGAGUGACUUACCGGGAUGAGCCAUGGCACAAGGAGUGCUUUGUCUGCACGGGGUGCCAGGCGCCCCUGGCUGGGCAACAGUUCACCUCUCAGGAAGAGCAGCCCUACUGCCUCAAGUGCUUUGGGAGCCUCUAUGCCAAGAAGUGCAGUGCUUGCGCAAAGCCCAUCACAGGCUUUGGAGGGGGCAAAUACGUCUCCUUUGAGGACCGCCACUGGCACCACCAGUGCUUCAGCUGUUCCCGCUGUGCCACCUCACUCGUGGGGAAGGGCUUCAUCCCUGAAAAUGAGGAGAUCCUGUGCCGCGAGUGUGCCGGUGACCUCUGAAGCCCCCUGGCCCAGGGCCUGUUGUCCUCCAGGCAUCCUGCAUGUCCAAGCCCCCCCCAGAAGCAGCAGGGAAGAAUGAUCCCCUCCCCCCCCCCCCCGGCCAGGUCUCAGGCUUGAAUGCGGGUGCACUUCCCUGUCACUUUGUCCGCCGGAGGUUUUGCUGGGAGGUGGGGGCCCCCUCCCUCUCCUUCGCCUCUCCCUCCUGCAGGCCAGCAAAGCUGUUUCUGCAGAAGCUCACCCCAGCAUGGGAGAGGGAGGUACAUGUAUGUCUACAGUGAGGGUGGCCCACCCCCACCAGGUGCCCCCUUCCCAUGCAGCUUUGGAGAAGGGUCCCUGUCCGCCACUGCUGCCAGAGCUGCAGCCAUCCGUCUCUCCCUCCGUUUGACGUGACAGAGGCCAUGGCCCCAUGCUGCCCCUGCCAGCCACGGAGGAAGGAAGCGGCUUUGCCCUCCAACUUCUGCCCAACCAACCCCAUCCCUCCCUGCGGCUGGCAAAAGUGCUCCCAACCCAGAAGGUCCUUGGCAAGCCUCUCUUGUUCCCCAAGCGGCCUCUGCAGUGGCGAGAGCAGAUAUGGGCAGAGGAGCAGGCCUUGGCUCCAGCCGCUGUUCCGUCCUGCAGGGCGGACACAGGGUCCGCUGGGCCCCGUUGGGGAGCAGGCGUUGACACUCUUGCCACCCACAGUGACUGUGUAGCCCCUCCAGCCCUGGCAGUUGCACUUCCUGCUCUGCCUGGCAGGAUCUCCAUAGCAAGACAAAACUGGCCCUCCCCUUCCCGGCUUUCUUUUCUCUGUACUGAACUUCCCUUCUGCCCUCCCCCCUUCCGCUGGAGGAAUGUUAUGCAUCUGCCUUUUCAUGAGCUCAUGUAGCCAGUUCCUCAGAUACUUUGCUGUGGGGGAGUCAGUCUCCCCCCCCCCGUGUGUGUUUAUCUCUGCCAGUUGGUGUGGGGUACUCUUGAGAGCUGUUUCCAUCUCUGGCCAGUGUGCGCACGCACCCCUUGCUGGCUUUAUAUAAUAAAUCAUGUUACUGGA